UGUCGGAAGGGCUUCCUUACCCGUUGAUGCCCUCCUAUGUGCCACGCUGUCUCUCAGAUGACCAGAUCCAACUCCAUCAGAAGUUUGUCAUUUGUGUCACCUCAAGGUCUACUUAUCCAACAUGGACUUGAUUUUCUUGUUUCUGGCCUUAUUUUCCAUUGGACAUAGUGACGAUUCCUGUUCGUGUCCAGCUGGUUACUAUAAAAAGGGAAACUGCGAUGAUCUCUUUUCUGAGAGAUGUGGACAAUGUGAGAAUCGCACAUACACAGCAAACAACAACACUAGGAAUAAAUGCUUUAGUUGUAGCAGGUGUGAAGGUAAUCUAGUUGAAAAACAGAAGUGCACCUCCAAAAGUGACGUAGUAUGUGAUUGCAAGGAUGGAUACUACAAAUUGAGGAAAUCUUGCCACAUGUGCUACUGUGAAGGCUGUGAAAAUUCUAGCAAUAACCCUCCUUUUGAUAUGUGUGCGGCCUGUCUUAGCAAGGAACAGUGUUUGAAAGAUGCAAAAUGCAAGAAAAAAUGUGCAACUACGACGACAACUACUUCAUUCACAACCGAGACAAGUGAUUUCAACUCAAAUGAAUCACGAAAUGAAGCUCCGCUUAAUGCAGGAAAUGAUGUCCAGUGGUGGAUGAUCAUGAUCCUGGUUGUGGUGUUCUGCAUCUGUGUUGCCUCCUACCCUUGCUCUCAUCCCUGCUGCAGAAUCAACAAGAACCCUGGGAAGGAUACAGAAUGCUUUAAUGAAACUCAAAGUUAUUCAAGCAGCGACCCGACCACAGUGACAGUUAAGGUCUGUAAGGAAACCACCAUGAUGAUACCCUGCCAGACAUCAGUUGCACCAGUAAACAUGGACCACAUGGACGCUGUACUGCCAAACAAUGUUUCUAGGCAAGAGAAGGCAUGCGAGCGCUGGCCGCCCAUGGUCCUCUACGCCAUCAUCAAGGAGGUUCCCCUGCGACGGUGGAAGGAGUUCUUGAGGUUGCUGUCGGUGGCAGACCAUCAGCUGGAGCGUGUGGAGCUGGAGGUGGGCUUGGGCCUCCUUGAGAGGCAGUACCAGAUGUUGCUGCUGUGGAGUCAGGGCUCCUCCUCCAGUCUGGAACAUGUCUUCUCCGCCUUGCAUUCCAUGGAUUUGUCAGGCUGUGCUCAGACGCUGCAGGAGAACCUGGAGAAGCUUCAGCGCAGAAACCAGUCAAAUGAGGCUUUCAUCACCUGCUGAAGUGUCAUUUCAAGUAAAACAUUAGGAAAUGCCCAAUCACCCUCAAUUUACAGGGUGUGUGUGAGAAAUUCCAAGUCAAUCCGACUUACGGAGUCACACAUUGGGGUUUAACAACAGCAGCACUAUCUGGUGAAUUGAUCUGAGAAAUAAUAGCACUGCCAGCCUAGUCUGGGUGCAUGUAUUUGCUAUUUGUUUUGUUCUGUACAUUGGUUCAGGAUUAAAGCUUGCUUACACAUACAAAUACAUCCAAGCACAUGGCAAUAUAUGACAUAUUUGAGCAAGGUUGAGUCCCAGUUUCAGUCUUGAGAUAAAAAAUAACAACCCAGAAGAAAUCCUGGCCUACAGUAGAUACUGAAGCUGUGCAAGUUAUCACGAGUUCAAUACAUCAAGGAUAGAAAAUCUUUUUUUUUUUUUUUUCAAAGAUCAAAGAUUUUUAUUUUCUUAACUUUCUUGACUUGUUUCCUAGUGCAAUUGCAAAAUGUAUGAUGCUAAAAUAAGGAAAUGUAUACCUUACUUCCCUUUAUUUCUAGUUUCACAUGAUUGCACCAGUUUGAUGCUCUUUUACAAUUAUUAUGUUUUGGUGACACAAGAAUCCGGCUUCUUGCCCAGUGGAAAGGAAAAAACAAGCAAUGAGACUGAAAUCCCCACAAAAUGUCAUAAUCCCAGUUUGCACUUGCAGCAAGUUGUGUAUGUCAAAAGGCAUAAAGCGGUAUCACACCCUCCCCAGCCACACGUAUUCUGUCUAAACUCAUGGUUUCCUUUUGUGGUGUAUGCGUAACUCAUUUUGAAAAUGAAAACAUUGGGCUUUCCCAGUAAAACUGACUGAUAAGAACUUUAUUAUGAACUAAAAGGCAAUAUUUGUUCCUUGUUCUUGUCAAGCUGGAACACAUUGAUCCAAAUCUGUUUACUCUAUUGAUCCCAAGGGGAAAUUUUAUUUUGAUUUUGAUUGUCAGUAUUUUAUGUUUAAAUCUAUUUGUGUAUGUAUUUGUGUUUUUAAAUAUUGUAACUAUUUAUCAGAAUUGGAAAUGUUGUGUUUACUGGGUUUGUUUGUUGUUAUUUAUUUACUGUACACCAGGUAGCAGUCCUCUACAUUUUUUUUUCUUACCAAAAGAGUGAAACAAUAUUUGCUUAAACUCUUAGUAUUUUUUUUACAACUAUUCACUUCAGACAUUAUGAAUGUAUUCAAUGAUAAAUUGCCACAAAUGAGAUGAA